GCGCGGGCACGCGCCCGUAACCCCCUCAUUCCCUCGAGAUUACACUCAGUCAUCAUCAGUAUUAUACGCAACACUAAGCUGAUACCUCUCCGUCGAGGUAUAAACAAACCCCGCGAGUUAGUGACUGCUAGUUUUCGUCUAGGAGAGUAGAGUAGCCUAACGUACUUUCCCCUCAUCAGUGUUUACUCGGUUCCUCAGAGAGCUACAGGUGCGGGACAGGAGACAGGAGUAUCCGAGUCAGUCAUUGCUAACUGUUGCUCAGCUUGCCAUUUAAGUGACGACUAUGGCAAACUCGGGCGUUCAGUUGCUGGGGUUUGGUCUGUCUCUGGUGGGCAUCAUCGGGCUGAUCGUGGGCACCGUCCUGCCGCAGUGGAAGAUGUCCGCGUAUGUGGGGGACAGCAUCAUCACGGCGGUCGCCACUUACCAGGGGCUGUGGAUGUCCUGCGCGUUUCAGAGCACCGGACAGCUUCAGUGCAAAAUAUACGACUCCAUUCUACAACUAGACAGUGACCUUCAAGCGACCCGCGCCCUGAUGAUCGUGGGCAUCAUCGUGUCCAUUAGCGGCCUCGGCGUCGCCUGCAUGGGCAUGAAGUGCACCACCUGUGGAGCGGAUGAUAAAGUGCGCAAGUCUCGCACGGCCGUGACGGGAGGCAUCAUACUACUAGUGGGAGCCCUGUGCGCAGUGGUCGCCUGCUCGUGGUUCGCCCACAACGUGAUCCGAGCUUUCUACAACCCCUUCACUCCAGUCAACACCAAGUUUGAGUUUGGAGCCGCCAUUUUCAUCGCGUGGGGCGGCUCGUUUCUGGAUGUCCUGGGUGGAGCCAUGCUGGCCGCCUCCUGCACUCGAAGCAAACAAGUGCCCAAAUAUCCCCAGAGUAACUGCGCACGCACCGCCAGCAACAGCAGCAACAAAGAGUACGUGUGAGCAACACACACACACCGGACACACACUCACUGAGACACUCAGAAGCUCAAGAGCUGCUCAAACUGAGGAGGAGAGCCGUUUACAAUAAUGUCCCAUAAUAACAAAAUCAAAAAGGCAAUCAGUUGUCCAGAAGUUCAAAUAAAAAUAGAUAAUAUAUUAUGUUUUCUCUAUGAGAAGAGAGGAAAUGUCUUGGGUGGUGGAUCAUAUGUUGUCCACUAGGGAGCGCUGUAACACACACUGAGCUGGUGUGAAAAUGGAGAGAUUUUCAAGAUCUGCUUGUUUUGUGGAGUAUUUAUCCUAUAGCAGCUGAAAUGCUAACAUUAUUAAUACUCAUACGAGGCACUCUUAUGUAAUCGCAGUGUUUCAUGUGGAUCACGAACGACGUUUUGAUGUUAUUUGCUUUAACACAUUAACUCAUCACUCGUGUUAAGGCCCGAUCACGUUCAUUUUAACCACCUAUGAGUCCUUCUGAAUAGCUCUUAGCAUAGCAUAAAUGUUUUCCUGAUAGUUGACUAUUGUUUAUGUAUUUGUUUUACAAGCUUAUUUUCAAUAAAGUUUGCUUUAUCACA